AGUGCAAUGACUUCCGGCGGAAGGAGAAGCAGCUCCCGAGUUUUAGUCCACGGCAGUGGGCCCAGUAGCUCUAUGAAGUUUGAUCGGAAACUGUAAUGAACUCAUCAGUAUUUCUAUUCAGUUGAUUUGAGAAGGCCCACUUCUUGUGCAAUGGAUGAUGGCAUUUGAGCAGAUACCAAAAAAGGAUUGGUACAGCAUCCUGGAGGCAGACCCAUCUGCAAGUAUUUCAGACCUAAAACAAAAUUAUCAAAAACUCAUACUAAUGUAUCACCCGGAUAAACAAAGUGCAGAUGUGCCGGCAGGAACAGUGGAGGAAUGUAUUCAGAAGUUCAUCGAAAUUGAUCAGGCAUGGAAAAUUCUAGGGAAUGAAGAGACAAAAAAAGAGUAUGACCUGCAGCGGCAUGAAAAUCAUUUAAGAAAUUUGGGACCAGUAGAUGCUCAAGUAUAUCUUGAAGAAAUGUCUUGCAAUGAAGAUGAUCACUCUUUUUCUCUGAGUUGCCGAUGUGGUGGAAAAUACAGUGUUUCCAAGGAUGAAGCAGAAGUUGUUACAUUGAUUUCUUGUGAUACAUGUUCACUAAUUAUAGAACUCCUUCAUUACAGCUGAAAUUGUUCACUAAGUAGAAUCCUUUAGCUAUUAAUUCAGACACACUGAAGAACUAGUUCAUUUCAACUUUGUCCAUUCAAAUGUAUACAGCAGAUAAAGAAGUAGGAUUCCUUUUUGUCAGCUCUGUUAUUUACAGAGAAAAUAUAAGAUUGUCAAACAAAGGCUACCCCAGACUAAUAGGAAAGUAACUUAGUUAUUUAUGUAUUUUUUAAAUUUAUAUUUACAGAUUUCUUGAAUUAUGAAUUAUAUUUAGUAAAUUCCCAUCUGAGAAUUUGUUAUUUGGUUCAUUUUCUGUUUGGUACAAAAGAAGAAUUUUCCAUUUCUUCAAAUAAGCAUGUUUUUUUUUAACAUGAGAAAAAAACAAAUUUAAUUAUGUAUGUAUGGAGACAUAGAUUCCACAGACAGGGAAAAUGAGGUAUACAGUCAUGCUGACCCAAGGAGAAGGAGAUAAGGGGCCUGAGCCUUCAAAGGAAAAGGGAAGCAAUUCACAGGAAUAUGAAAGAGUAAAUGUUUGGUAAACAAUUGCUUGGUGGGCACACAGAAACAAAAGCGCACAGAGGGGAAUUUUAACAGACUUAGCCACAUCACAGUAUCAUCAUAUUCCUGUACAGUUACUAAGUUUCGGAAGUAAGAUGAUAUUUUUAGCUGCUAAAGUUAUAGGCCUAUUGUACAACUAUCUCAAAUUCUCAGGUCAAAAGAAUUAAAUUAGAAGCUUUGUGAAUAACCCAGAGGGAAGGCUGGGUAUGGAUAUUCAUGAGGUUAUUUCAAAGUUAAUAAAGGUGAAGUGGUAACUGCAGAAAAGAAGGAUAGCUUUGGGAUCAGAAGACCUGACUCCAAUAUUAGCACUAUAUUUCCAAAUAUUUCAUGGAGCUAUAUUAAAGGUUGUAAGCACUUGAAUGCUGCCAUCUUCAACUUUACAUGUAAUUUAGGAAAUAGCUUAAAAAAAAUUGAAAUAGAUUUACUACUUUCCUUUUUAUUUUAGAGUAUUAAGAUACAGUAUCAAUGUUUACAUUUAUGAAUAAGGAACCACUAUUGGUAUCAUGAAAUGAAGUUUUAUAAUGUACUAUUAUUGAUUAUAGUAGGCUGAAAAGACUUUAUCUUUCUGUAUAUUUAAUACUAAGUACAAGUCAGAACUAAUAUAAAAAACUUUGAGGAGUCCUUUAUGGGAUUACUGAAACUUUCUUAUUUAAUUGUAAAUAAAUGGACCAAGCAUGUGACUUAGCAGCUUUUUAUUAAGUCAAAAUCUUGCUAUUUAUUGUUGGUUUGGCCUUACAAAACUAAUUACUACUUUGACUUAUAAAUGUACCUGAAGUAUGAGAUAUUCAAGAGAAGCAGACUACUUUCAUUAUUAUACCUAUAAAACCAAAAAUAAAGUGGUCAUCCAGGUUUUUCCCUUAAAAACAUUUUUAAAUUUAUCAUAAAAUUUAAAAAGCUUAUUUUGGAUUACAUUUUUAUUAAUAUAUUUUAAACUAACAUUGCUUCAAGCAUGUAUGCUGCUUAUUCUUUACAUUUAACAAUGAAUAAUACCUAAAACUGAGUAUCAAAUAGUUUAUUAGUAAGUACAUGCUUUCAGUGACAGUAAUAAAUUCACCUGAACAGGAGACAAUAAUCAAAUCAAAAGAAUAAAUGCUUGCUAAUCAUCAGAAAAUCUGUGGCCAUUAGGGCUGUCACGCAGAAAUCCAAAAUCACUUAGAGGCCAAAUCUGUAAAAUUAAAAUGUGAAGACAAUUAAUGAAAGUGAUGUUAAUAUCACCAUCAUCAUAUUUCCUGUAUUUUCAUCUCUUUUCUAUGUGCCAUAUAAUUAAACAUUUCCUCCUUAUUCUUCAGUCAAGAAUAAAUUUUCUGUAUCAAAAUAAGACUUUUAGAAAGUCUUGUAUGUAUGUAUUUAAGCUUUAACGUUUGGAACAUUCAAACAUUAUAUAAGACAUUAUAUGUGUAGUGUUUGAAUAUAUACCUGUGAAUAUGUGUGUGUCUGUAUUUUCUUUCACUACCCUCAAAACUAACUAUAAACCUAAGUACUUGACUAUACUAUCUGCAUAAGUGUAAAGAAUCCUAUAAAUUUCUAGCAGUCACAAGCA